GAGGAAAGCGAGUUCUCUUCAAAAGAAUCGAGAAGAAAGCGCGACGCCAUUGUUGCUCCAGUAGACCAAUAUGCCAAAGUCUAAGCGCAACCGAGCAGACAGGAUAUUGUUUGCAGUUCAUGUUCUUCAGUACUUCAGUGGCGAUUUGGUGUUGUGAAAAUUGCAGUUACAUUGUCGAAGGCGAAAAAGAAGGGGAGAGAACAUAAAGAAUCGAUAGUGAAUACAAUGAGACAGGCUGCUGAGAGUUACAAUUCUGCAUAUGUAUUCUCUUUUGAGAAUAUGAGGAACCUGAAAUUCAAAGAGUUCAGAGAGCAAUUGAAAUCAAGCAGCAGGUUCUUCCUUGGGUCGAAUAAAGUCAUGCAGAUUGCUUUGGGUCGAUCUGUUAGUGAUGAGGUCAGACCAGGCAUCCAUAAAGUUUCUAAGCUUCUGCAUGGUAAUGCUGGUCUGUUAUUUACCAAUUUGUCGAAAGAAGAGGUUGAAAGGUUAUUUAAUGCGUACGAAGAAUAUGACUUUGCAAGGACAGGAAGCACUGUGACAGAACAGGUAGAGCUUAAGGAAGGUCCUCUGGAACAGUUUACUCAUGAGAUGGAGCCCUUCUUGAGGAAGCAAGGGAUGCCUGUUCGGCUGAACAAAGGUGUCGUGGAGCUUGUUUCGGAUUUCAGUGUGUGUGAAGAGGGAAAGCCUUUGUCACCUGAGGCAGCUCGCAUACUGCGUUUGUUGGGAAUCAAGAUGGCCACCUUCCGCCUUCACUUAAUUUGCAGAUGGAGUCCGGAGGAUUUUGAACUUUACAUAGAUCGGCCAGAUGAAUCAGAUGUUGAAUCCACAUGAAGAAUAUGGUAAAUUAUAUGCUGAAGCGCCUUAUAAAAUAUUUACUGGUGGUCUACUCAUGUCUUGUAGUGACAAGUAUAGCAGUGUCUGUGGUUCCUGCCAAAAAGGUACCUCAAGUCUAAAUGUUAUGACUUAGCAAAUAUAACCGUGCAGUUUUGUUGUCUGUUUUAUCCAUGAUAUUAGCUCUAGAGUGGAAUCCGAUUUUGGCAUGGUUGCUUUAACUUUGUGGCUACUUGUUUUCUUUCUAAAAAAUAUUUUUCAGCUCCCAAAAGUAGUGUCAUUACUCA